UUGGAAGUCCCUCCCAUUUUUCCAAGACGUAGGUGUCUAUCAUCAAUCAGGAUGGAUUGCGAUGGAUGAGAAAGACAGUGACACGCCCCACCGUAUCAGGAAGAACUUCUCUGAAAGUGGUCGUGAUGACGUGAUCGUUGACAUGACUGAGGAAGAAGUAAAGGGUCGCUGGGGUGGGCUACUUCAGAGAACAGAUUGCAGUCCAUUUGGGUCAUAUUAUUUCAAUCCCUCGGCGGGAUGGACCGAUGCCGGGAAGGCGUUAGCCAUUAUGGCUCAUGAGGCCGUGAAGAUGGGCGUCAAGUAUGAUAUUGGCGAGGCAUUUAGGGUUGUCCGCGGAGAAGACGGGAUAAAUACAAUUGAAACAGAUACUGGCGCGGUCUUCAAAGCAGACAAGAUCCUCCUGGCAACAGGAGCAUGGACAAGCCAGUUAAUGUCUUCCAUUGAAGAUGAGCUGGAACUACCUGAUGAAGAGCGAGUAGAGAGCCAGGCAUCUGCUGCUGGUGUUUGUGUUGCUCAUUUUCAGCUCUCAGAAGCUGAGAAAGAAGCAUACUCGCAGCUACCAGUGUUUGUAUACGGCGGACAAGGGGAAGUGAUACCUCCGACAGAUUCAGGGAUCCUCAAAUUCACGUUUGCGACAUCCGUCAAGAAUAUAAUCAGCACAGCGUCUGGCCGUGAGAUAUCUGUUCCUGUUCUGGAUCAAAUAAAUGCUCCACCGGGUCUGCAGGAAGACUCGAUAAGCUUAAUUAAGCCGCGUUUGCCUCAGGUUCUGGACGGUGGCCGCAAACCAGAUUACUAUCGACUGUGCUGGGACUCUAUUACCCCUGACCAACAGCCACUCAUCACUAGACACCCGAAUCCUAGCCUUUCAAACCUGUACUUUGCGGUAGGAGGCUCGUUCCAUUGUUACAAGUUCCUCCCGACAAUCGGAAAGUAUGUGGUCAACGUGCUGAACGGUGUCAGCAACGGCCUGCAGAAGGACCAGGCCUGGGCGUGGAAGCCAGCCCACGAAAGCAAGAGAGGUGUGCAUGAGAAACUGGUGCCAACGAGAGUUUUUCGAGACUUUGCAUGACUCGAGGAUCAUCUUCCACUCGCGGCAUAGUGUUUUAGUUGGGAUAUAAGGCUUCGCUGUUAGCAUAUAAGGAAUAGAGUUAGGUAUAAGAGGUCAUUACCUUAUGGGUCAAGAUAACUCCGUUUUUGUUUAACAAAGGAGAAUUAUGAACUGUGAAUGGUAUACACGUAUUUGGUCCGAAUAUAUCACCCAAGUUGUGGAUAAAUGCAGAUAUACACCCAAGCCCACCGGCCAUCUGGUUUGCCCACUCCGGUGCAAUUCACCAUCUAUAAGCUUGUUUGUUUCCAGAAGAAUCUCCCAUUAGCCAGUAACAUUU